AUGGCCGACAAUGGUGGUUUGGACUACUUUAGGCUUCCUUCAUUCUUCAAAAAAUUCUCUGAGGACCAUAGCAUGGACGAGUUGAGAGUACGCCUCCUUCGGAUCGCAAGUAGGUGUCACUUCCACAAUGGAUGGGCGGAGUUUCGUCUCUAUAACCGCAUUGUCCACAGCGACGUUCUCACCUUCACUUUGGUAGACGUGGGUGUGUUCCAUGUGAAGAGGUACAAGCCGAACAGUGGUUUCCCCCCUCUGAGUGAUUUACAAGUGGUGGAGGAUGAAGACUCAGAUCCAAGCUACUCUCUGGAUGUUGAUACCUCGGACGACUACGAGCCAUCCGACACAGAGAUUGAUACAUCGGAUGACGAUGGCUAUGUUUCCGACGCUGGCGCACUAGAUGAAGACGGUUGCCCGACUUUCGUCGUGACACUGACGCCAGCUAACAUCAAACGCACGCUUGAGAUCUCGUUUCCUUUUUGGCAAUGGUACAUCAAACUAACACUUCGUAUCUAUCUUGAACAAUAUCAAGCGGUGGAGGAUGAAGACUCAGAUCAAAGCUACUCUCUGAAUGUUGAUACCUCGGACGACUACGAGCCAUCCGACGCUGAGAUUGAUACAUCGGAUUACGAUGGCUAUGUUUCCGACGCAGGCGCACUAGAUGAAGACGGUUGCCCGACUUUCAUCGUGACACUGACGCCGGCUAACAUCAAACGCACGCUUGAGAUCCCGUUUCCUUUUUUGGCAAUGGUACAUUCGAAUGACAGCCCUUCAGGAUCCAGUGUUCUUCAAUGUGGACGGAGACUCUUGGUUAGUGACGAUGGGUCAUAGCGACACCAAAAUUUGGGUGAAACGUGGCAGGCGUCGGUUCAAAUGUGGCAACAAUUUGGUCGUCGGUACUCACUGCCAUUUCAAGCUCAUAGACGCUAAUGACGUCCAGUUUUAUGUUUGGUUCAAUCAUCCGCAAGCAUAGCUGUUGGUAGCCGACAUCGUGUAGUACCGAUCUAGUUCUAAUUUUCUUUGUUGUUAUGUAGCUUGUUGUUUGUGUGUUUGGGUGUAUGGCGCUCACCAAAUUUUCUAGGUGUUUGGUUAACUAGCAUGGAGCCUCGUUGAGAUGUUUGCGACGAGGGCAGUAGUUUAUGUAGUAGGUUGUAUUGUAUUGUGUUCCAUGAUUGGUUGCGGUGUGAUGCCAUAUAAUAGACCCAUGUUUUACUAUGUAUUUGCCUUGUUUCAUUGUUUUAUGCGACAUGAUUUAGUUAUUUGUGUUGAUUCGGUUUUGAUAAUAUAUAACUUGUUAUAAUCAAUGGCUAGAUAGUAAAUUAAACUUCUCAAUCCCGGUGUUUCCACUUCAUUAUUAUUGCAGCAGUUUCUGUAUAUAUUGGAAAUCUGAAGAAUUCAAUUGAUGUUCAUGAUUCAAUUGAUGUUUCCCCUAUCUUUGUUAUAGUUGAUAAAGUGUGGAAAAGGGAUCUUGUUUUCUUGUAAUCCUAUUUCUUGAAAAAAGAUUUUGAG